ACAGCAUCGUUUCCAUGGAGACUGAAGUAACUCCAGUAAGGCGCACGGAUCUUUUCGACUUUUUCUGCAAGCCAGCAAAUGUAAAAUUAACCGUGACGAAUAUUACCCAGACAAAAUGUGUGUACUUGACAAUAACACAGUCUUAAAUCAACUCUGUGACGAUAAAUAGUUCUGGGAAAAGGCUGUUAACCGACUAACGAGGUGGUUCAAAGCUAUGACGGAUGCUAAUGAGAUGUGUGAAUCAGUAAUGCUGGAGCUUAAUAAGCUAGUCCUCUCUGAUACUGAUGAAACUAAAGAAGAGCAACAACGUCUUUCAUGUCAAGAAGAGGCGGCCUCAGAUGAUUUUCCAGCAUCUCUACUCAGCUACUUUGAAACCUCAAAAAGCAGAGCAGCAGCUUGUGAGACAUUCAUUCUUGAAGAACUUGAAGACUUUACUGCAUCACAUCACACUGAUGGUGCAAUAAAUUUACAUAAUGGACUCAAUAAGGACAUGAUGAAAUUAAAUGAGCAGAAUGUUUCUGAAACAGAGAAUGAGGUGAACAAGUCUGAUGACCAACUUUAUCAUGCCCUGGCAGAGACCCAAGCACUGCUCACUCACAGUGUGCCGCUGUCUCCCAACGAUGAAGAUGAAGCAAGAACAGAUGAAUUUAUGGACAAUGAGAAUGAUUUGGUAUUGAAAAUCAGCGAAUAUGAAGGAGAGCGAGAGAAAUGCCACUCUGAGGAGAUGCAGGAAAAGGAGCAAAGACAACAAAGAGAAAUGGACUUCCAGGAGGAGCUGAGGAAGAUAAUGGAGGCAGAGAAGCUCCAUCAAAUGGAACUAGAAGUGAUGGAGAGGAAAGCUCAGGAAAGGCUUGAACAGGAGCUGCUGCUUCAGCAGGAACUGAUGAGAAACCUACAAAAACAAGUGGAGCAAGAGAGGAGGAGGAUUGAAGAGGAGCAGCAGAGGAAAAUGGAGGAGGAGGAAGAAAAGCAGAAAAGGGAGGAGGAGGAGGACAGAAGAAAAAUGAAAGAGGAAGAAGAAAAGAGGAAGCGGGAAGAGGAGGACAUUAGACAUAGACUGGAAGAGAGAGAAAGAAUGGAGGAAGAGGAAAAAAGAAAAAUUCUAGAAAGGAGAAUUGAAGAAGAGGGCAGAAGAAAGAACGAAGAAGAGCAGAGGAAAAAGAAGGAGGAAGAGGAAAAAAGGAAAAGCGAGGAGGUAAAAAUAGAGAAAGAGAUGAGGAAGAAGGAGGAAGAGAGAAAAAUAAAAGAAAUACGAUUGCAGGAAGAGGAGAAAAGAAGACAGGUGGAAGUGAAGAAGAGAGAAAAGAAGGAGGAAGAGAAGAAGAAUGAGAAAGAAGAGGAGGAUGAAACAAUAAAUAGGGAAGACAAGAAGAAUAUGAUGGAGGAAGAAGAAAUACAGCUUCAGGAUGAGCUAAGAAUCAUGGAGAAAGAGAAGAAAAUGAGGGAUGAGGAAGAGGGGAGGAUUACUAAGGUGCUUGAGGUGAUGACGAAGCAGGAGGAGAUAAAGGGAAAGGAGAUGAAGAGAGAAAGUGAUGAGGAAAGACGAAAGCAAGGGGUCCAGAAGAAAAUGAUGGAUGGACAGAUAAGAAGAAAGGAAGGAGGAACUAGGAAAAUACAAACGCAACUCAAUAGAGAUGAAGAGGAGAAAAACCAGGAUGAGGAGACGAGACAUAGUUUGGAAAAUAAAGAUAUUACAAGGAACGAAGAGGAGACGAAAACUAAAGAGGAGAAGCUGAUUGAAAGGCAGAAGGAUGAUAUGAGGAGAUAUAAGAAAGAUGAAGAGUACAGAGAUAUGAAGGUAAAAAAAAGAUCCGAACAAGAAAUGGAAGGAAAUAGGGAGGAAAAUACAGAGUAUGAAGCAGACAACAGAAAAAAGGAGCAAAACGCAGAAACAAAGGAUAAAGAGGGGAUGCAGGAAGAGGUGAAGAAACGCCAAGAGAAGGAUGAUAUGGGAAUAAAGGAGGCUGGAACAAGAAAUAAACAGACAGACAAGAAGCAUAAUGGGGAUAUAGGGAGAGAGAGCAUAAAAGAAAACAUAAAAAUGGAAGAAAGGAUACUGAAAGAAGAGGGGGAAAGCUUGAAAUCUCAAAACAAAAAUACAGGAAGCACUGGGCACUCCCUGACUUCCCAGCUAGGAGUCAACCCCACACUUACCACCUCAAGCUCUGCUCCUUUACCCAACGAGUUCACAGCCGGGCCCACCAGCUCUGUAGCAGCAAAACAACAUGACCCACAACGGAACAUCAGUCAGAUUUCCUUAAAUAAAACUAUUGAUCAACCAGAUCCAACAGAUAAUCAUGGCACUUCUUCCUGCCUAUUUCCAGCCUGCCUGCCAGAGCACACAGAGCAGAAGAGGCUGUUGUGGAUGAAGAACUGCAUCUCGUGGUCUAAGCUGUCUCUUCAGAACAGGAGGAAACAGAAAGGGUCUACCUGGAGUUGCAGAGGGCUGAAGAGGGCAGCUGAGGCCAGUAGUCUGCCUCCUCUCUGCCCACACACUCUGCUUCAGUCCACAGGCUGGAAAUCACUGCAGGAGGUAACCAUGGUGACCCUGGAGGACCUGCCUGGAUGUAGCUUGUCCACUCUUGCCCAGUGUACGAAACUUCGGUCCCUCACUCUCCGACGCUGUGGCCUGAAAUCCUUGGAAGGCAUCAGUCACUUACAAGAGCUCUGCUGCAUUGAUCUACAGGAAAAUGACAUCUCGUUUGUGGAUUGUGAAAAUAUGACCAGCUUACGAGUUCUUCGACUUGCGAACAACAAACUAACAUCCAUCCAUGGUUUAAGUGGUGCAGACAGUCUGGAUGUUCUUGACCUCUCGCACAACUCCAUCACCCGUAUUGCCGGUCUGGAGUCUGUGAACAGACUGCAGAGAUUGUCAGUGGACCAUAACCAGCUGAUCAGCACCAAAGGACUGAAAGAUGUAUAUACACUCCUCCACCUGGACUGCUCACACAAUCACCUGGCAAGGGUAGAGGGCCUAGAGAACAACGCUCUGCUCCACACACUGGAUCUGAGAGGCAACAGCCUUGCUGAGCCCCCCAUUCUGAAGAACCAGGUCCUCCUCAGAGAGCUGCAUCUGGACGACAACAGCAUCUCCUCCCUGCAAGGCCUCACUGCCUGCUGGCUGCCUCUCCUGCAACACCUCUCUGCGGCCCAAAACAGGAUUACCCAGCUGCCCUCUAUGUCUGGUUUUCUGUCCCUUGAAAAUCUGGAUCUUAGUUCCAACUGUCUAUCAGAGCUAUGUAACGUAUGUGAGAAUCUGGAGGGAUGUCAGUUCCUGCAAGAAGUCCACCUCAUGGGGAAUCCUCUUCAGCAUGAGAGUGGCUGGAGAUCUACACUGCAGAGAGCAGUGCCUGGCCUGAGGGCCAUUGACAGCCAGCAGACAGACUCCUUUCUCUCGCCUCCUGCUGUUCAGCGGGUCAGCUUGGCCUCAGGCUCCUUCCAGACUUUCUGUCAGGCUCAGCUUCAGCAGACACAUGAUUUACAGCAGCAUCACAGCAGGGAGCUCAGCAAUGCUUCAUCUCCUUUGGAAGCUCUGAAAAGUGUCUGCCGGCACUUCCCUAUGACCCUGAAGCUGGCUGAGGACCAGAGAUUUGCCCAUGAGUAUGGUGACACCACUGUGUGUGAUGAACACUGGGUUGUAGACCAAAUACCGCCAGAGAAAACUCCACACAGGGACAGUGUCAUUGCUGAAAAUUGUACUGAAUGCCCAAAAAUGAAGGACACUAGCCAAGUACCAGCAGUCUUUCCAAGCGGGGACAACAUCAGAUGCAGCUACUGGAGUUUAGAAGACAAUCCAGCUGCAGAGAGUCAGCGUGAUGCAUUUGACAGCGUUACAGUGGGUCCAAAGACAGGGCCGACAGUUACCAAGGCCAACUCUAGCAGCGUUCACUUCUUUGCAACAAAGGGAAAAACAAACUCCUUCAGUCUUGAUAAAGCACCUGUGCUCAACCAUCAAGACUCAGACCUGAAAAUCACAGCAGCAGUCGUGAUUCAGCAGUGGUGGAGGAAAUACAAGGGGAACAUUAAUGCUCCCCCCUUCUCAGAAAAGGGAGGAGAGAGAGGAGGAGAUGGAGGAACGCCAGAGUCAGGAGCUUCCUACAUUAACAAGAGAACUGUUGGCCGCGACUAUGCAGCGACUGUCAUCCAGGCAUUUUGGAGGAGCUUCACUCUGAGGAGGAGGCUUGCAUCUGCUCUUGCUGCUGUCAAAUGCCCCGGCAAUGGAGAGGAUGACACUCUUGAGGAGGUGGACAUGGAUGAAUUUGUCUUUGAUGAGGCAGCACUGGAGAAACACUGGACACUAACCCUUUCUGAGGACUCACCUAUCACACACUACCCUGUCUCGGAGCAGGCAUUAUCUCUGAAGCCUCUUAGUUCCUGUCUUAAUCGCUCCCAGUACAUAUUCCCUCCACCACUUGUACAGAGCCCAAGACAGGCCUGGGUAGCCGGGGAACAUGUGGACUUGGCUGCACAAAGAAUUUCACCAGAGAGUUCCAACAGAAGCAAAUCUCCUCCUUCAACCGCAGUGCUUAGUGAUCUCUCUGAAAGAUCAGAAAAGAUUAUGGAAGAAUGGGGUUUCACUGACAGCCACACAGCUCUUCUGAUGCUGAAGAGAGCUCAGAAGAUGAAGUCGAAGAAACAGCAGCAGAAGAAACAUAGGGAUCCCUUUGUCCGUCUUGCCUUGUUCAAAAACUGCAAUUACCAAAUGGGUCCAGUGGAGGCACGGAACAGGCUUACACGACACGACGGAAAUUAUGUAAAAGUUGGUGAGACUGAGCUCGGCCUUCAGCAAGCAGAGAAGACGGAGCAAAUGAAGCUGGAACAGGCACAGCGAUGGCUGCACACUCAGGCUGCUCAGUCUGACAAGCACUCUGAGAGUGAACGUUUCUUGCCAGAGAUAAACUCAUCCAUUCUGAGCGGAGGCAGAGUGCAGCUCGUGGCUGACCCAGCAUACACAGACUGUCAACACCACACCAGUGCAUUGUGGGCCAACAGCAGUUUCUUUGCCCAGCCUUGCAAAGUGAAUUGCUCUCCUCGCAGAAACUCCUUGGGUCAUGCAAGGAAAGAAAUUCCAUCUCCAAAGCGAGUCACGUCUGCUCCGUCAAAAAAGGAGCGCAUCUCCUUCCGAGACAACCCUGUCCAGCUGAGCGGCGGCUGGGGCGGAGGCAAGAAGAGAGACAGAGUGUACAAGUAAAACACAAACUCUUCCACAACAGCAGACCUUCUUUCCUGCCCCGAUACGUCUCCCUGCAAAACAUUUGUGCACUGAACCAGCUCACAGCCACGGUGGAUUUUGUUAUCAUAUAGGCAUGCUGUCUUGGACAACAGAACAAAUUUGACGUAUUAAAAUAUUAAGUCUUACAUGUUAAAGGCUAUUUCUUCAAUGAAAAGCUGGCCUGUUUUAUUUUUGUUUUUUUUAUCGCCUGCGUUGAAUUCUCCCACAGCUGUUCUUUUUAAACUCUGCUGAAAACUCGUGCUCCCUCUUCUGAAAAUUAAUUAAGACCAAUAGGACCUGGCCCAGCCCAAAUAUCUUCAGGCGGUUCCAUUUUGGCCAUUCUGCUCAAGUAUCACUGCCUGAACUUGAUCACAGCCAGCUAGCGCUAAAACACAUGGAACAAUGUCACAAACCUUGAAUAAAUGACACGCUUCGUAUGCAAAUGAUGGCAGGAAAUACGAACCAGGACCUUUAAUACCUAUGGAUUCAUGUUUCUGAGGAUGUUAAAAUGUUUCCAUGCUGAUUUAGAAAUGGAGUCUUGCUUCUUCCACUUCUUUUGUGCUCUCUUAAGAGUGAACUUUAAUAAAGCUAGAAAUUUACGUACAGUUUCCCUAUUCUGUGAUUAUAUUUAGCUCUUGCUAGGAAGUGGUGAACUUGAAAUUACUGCUUUUAUGAGCUGGGCACAAACAUUGGUGUUAGAAUUAGAAUGUUGCUUUCUUUAUUUUCACUCGUGGAUUGUAAUAGCCUUGUCUGUGUAUUUGAAUUUGGGGUAGCUGAGGCGUCCGUCCACAAACACUGCCCCACCAGAGGCAGUGAACCUCAGGCUCGGAGGUUUCUUGCUGGGCCGCUGCCUGAAAAUGAUAAGUUAAUGAAUCUGAAAACAAACAGUCAGAGCUUCAGAGUGGCUCCCUGGCAGGAAAUGCGUGUCUGUCUGUUUAUUUUCCUUCUAUCUUUCUCUCACACACGUCUGAGGGGUGUGUUUUGACUGUACGCGAGCUGAUGGGGAUUUUCGUCGUGUAGAGCAGCGUAUGCCAGAGAUGUGGUGGUCCUGCUCACUUGGGAAUGUUGUGAAACCUAAGAGCACUGUCCUCUGUCAGGGGGGAUUCUUCAAGCACCUCGUGGGGGACACAGAGGGGCUGACUUUACAUGUCAUUACACUGAUGAUGGAUAAGUCAGGUUUCUAUUGUACAUACAGCAUUAACAGUGAGGUACUAUACACACACGUCUUGUCACUAGUAUCGUCUUAUCUGACACCGGUUCAGGCUUUUAGAGUUUUUGUGUGCAACUACUGCUCCUGAAAUGAUAUUGCUAAACCAUCGUCCACCAAUCUUCAUUACAUUUGUUUACUUUUUGGGUUUUUGGUUAAAUCACAUGUAACCUAAGGCAUCCAAAAUCCAUUGCUUGGUGAAAUGAGUGCUCCACCACACACUGAGAUAAGAUGAAGAAUGUCCGUCUCAGCGUGAAGUGCCCUGCCAACCUCACCUCAAGUCAGCUAAUGCUGUCAAACACAGUCUGUCAGAAGGAGGUUUUGUAUCUGGAUCUCUCCAAGUGUUGUCUUUUAAAUGCAUUUAAAAGACCAAAACAGCUUCUUUCCAAGUUUUAGCUGCAAAUUAUGUGCUUUACAUUUUCACUGAGCAUUUUGAAUGGAUGCUGUGCAGGCAGCCAUAGCUCUCCUUUCAUUUCCAUAUGUUUAAAAAAUAAAUGAACUUUUACCAAUGUUAAUGUGUCAUUGCGUGGUAAUACACUUUAUACAAACCUAAUACAAAAAAAUAACAGCCUUUCAUUGACAUUUUCAAUUAAUAGAAACCAGUAACUGCCAACAAAGAUGUCUAAAAUACACCAGCAUGACAUGCAAAUGAAUAGCUGUGACCAAUUACUUUAAACGUGCAAAAAUAUAAAUAGCUAUGGUAAUUUCUUUUGGUUACACUAGUGCAAAAACAAACAAACAAAAAAAAUGCAAUGCCGAGGUGUAUUGUGGUGAGAACAAUGCAUGUUAUACUGACAGGCAGUAGCAUGACAUAUGCCCUGAAGUUAUUAUAUUUAUUAUUAAGUGACCAGAAAAUUACAAACCGAUUAAUACAGUAAUAUAGAUUGAAAGUAAACAUAAAAUUUGAUAGU